AAAAAUGGUACUUCUAAUUGAUGCGUUUUCUAAAAUAUUAAAUUGUCACCCUUCAAAACUACGCGAACGACUCCAUCAUCCUAAAGAUCGCGAAGUCAUUCUGGAAAAUUUUAGAGGAAAAUUAGUUCGUACUACAUAUAAAGACAGAAAUGAAUUCAACAAAACUUUUAAAAUUGGAGGUUUAAGUGAAUUUGGUGCAGACAAAAUUAAUGCCUAUGGACGACUACCACGACCUUUUAAUAUAAGCGUCACUGCACAUUUUUAUUCACGACAUCGCAUACGUCUUCAUCACCCUUAUACACAUUGCAUCAUUGAAAAAUUCAGUGACAAGAAAAAUGGAGCUGAAGAUCGAUACUUUCCCCUUGAAUUGCUAGAACUUGUCGAUGAAUCUUCAACUAAUUGUUUCAACACAUUCUUGCGAGAUGACAACAAAGAAAACUUCGAACUGAAGAUAGAAUUAAAUGAUAAUGGAGAGGAAGCAAAGGAUAAAGAAUUUGAAACUUAUGCUCGUGCCAGGAAGGAGUGUAAUCAGCUAUCAUACGAUACAUAUUGGUAA